ACCACUAGCGCGCCAUUGCAGCCCGUCUACACCACGUCGACGGUGAACCUAGGCAGUCAAAAUCCGCAAACAAUAUACCAGACCAUCCACGAAACCUCCGCUAAGCGCAUGGCCACAAUCGACUACUUACGGAAGGUUCACGAAGGCAACGUUUUCUACUUCAACACGCUGCACUACACGCCGGCCUCACUCGCCGCAAGCGUACCUUCAAUGCAAGGUCAGAAGCUCGGCCGACGGGCGACUAACUACCUGGCAUUGGGUUACAGCUUACCAUUGCUGAUGGAGCUGAACUCCGGUACCCCACUAGAAUUCCUGCGUGCUCUUUCAGCCCUUUUACACGAGUUCGAGACGUACCAGAGCCUCUCCGGCUUCGACGUCGGCGGUGGCAGUCUAAGCAGAGCGCGCGUUGGCCAGAUGUUCAAGUCAGGCAUCGGCCUCGGCAAAAGCUCCGGCAUGCGGUCAGGGAGGCGAUCGAGCGCAGCGACUGAUAGCCUCACGCUAGACCAGUCGAAAGCGAACCUACUCGGCCUACCAUACUCAGUCAGCGAAGCUGCAAGUCCGAUAGAAUCGCCUUCGCCAAGUAGCAGUGGACAUGACUUCAAUCACCUCUUCACGCCGCACCUUCCUUUCGAUCCAGACUUUGAGAUGACCUUCACAACGCUAUGCAAUACGCUCGUUGUCGUGUACACGCACCUUCUGACGUUGGUAUCGAACCCCGAUAUCUGCUCAAUGUCCGUUGGCGAAGCUUUCGCGAAGGCGGACAAAGCUGUUCGCAAGAUCCUCGUUGCGAACGUAAUGCGGGAGUUCGAGGACAGUACGCGGCAAGGAGUCAAGACCGAGGUUGCUGGGUUAGGUAGGCUGGUUCUUGGCGGGCUCAUGUAG